ACGGCACCAUUUAGUUAUACCACCGCGAGCUUCAUUAAAGGCUGAGAAACCCCGAGGAAAGGACGAACCGACGUGAAAGCCGAAAUAAAUCCUCAACGCAAUGGCAUUUUGCGAAGGAACACUUGUUCUUCUGUUGUUCCUCUUUCUCUCCGAGAGAACACAUAUUUCUGCCUUUAAUCUUGAUACAGAGAACGUCAUCAGGAAAGACGGGGAUCGAGAAAGCCUGUUCGGAUUUUCCCUCGCCAUGCACAGACAAGUUAAACCUGUGGACAAGAGAAUACUGUUGAUUGGAGCUCCUCGUGCCAAGGCCCUGCCCAGACAGAAGGCAGAUGUAACUGGAGGCCUGUACAGCUGUGAGGUCACCACCCAGAGCAAUGAUUGCAAGCGUGUAGAUUUCGACAAUGAUGCGGAUCUCAGUAUUGAGAACAAGGAGAACCAGUGGAUGGGGGUGACUGUUCACAGUCAAGGUCCUGGUGGGAAGGUUGUGACCUGUGCCCAUCGCUACCAGAGGCUUCUGUUCGUGAACACACCCCAGGAGUCCCGUGACAUCACAGGACGCUGCUAUGUGCUGAGCGAGGACCUCCGCAUCGACCCCCUAUUGGAAGAGGAAGGCGGAAACUGGAAGUUCUGUGAUGGCCGCACCCGAGGCCAUGAGAUGUUUGGGUCCUGCCAGCAGGGUCUGUCAGCCACCUUUACGAAGGACUACCAUUACGUGGUCUUCGGCGCACCUGGCGCAUACAACUGGAAGGGCAUCGUGCGAGCGGAACAAAAGAACAGCACUCUGUUGGAACAGGAUAUCUUUGAUGACGGACCCUAUGAAGUUGGGGGUGAAAACCGUUUGGACCCAAACCUAGUGCCAGUACCUGCUAACAGUUAUUUGGGUUUCUCUCUGGACACUGGGAAAAGCAUUACUAAGAAGGGCGUCCUGAUUAUCGUGGCUGGGGCUCCUCGUGCCAAUCACAGCGGAGCAGUGGUCUUCCUCAAGAAGGAGGCCGAUCUAUCCACUAUGCUUUCGCCAGAGCAUACUCUCGAAGGGGAGGGCCUGGCAUCUUCCUUCGGCUAUGACCUAGCUGUUGUUGAUCUCAAUGGAGAUGGGUGGCAGGAUCUUGCUGUAGGCGCCCCCCAGUAUUUCAUGAAAGAUGGAGAAGUUGGAGGAGCUGUGUACAUCUACAUCAAUAAGGGUGGGAAGUGGGACACGGUUAAGCCCAUCCGUCUCAACGGAACCAAGGACUCCAUGUUUGGACUGGCAGUCGAGAACAUUGGGGAUAUUAACCAGGACUCGUAUGAAGAUAUUGCUGUUGGAGCCCCUUACGAUGGUGCUGGAGCAGGAAAAGUAUACAUUUACCAUGGCACUGCUGAUGGAAUCAACACCAUGCCAGCACAGGUACUUGAGGGUGAUUCUGAUAUCAAAUUAUUUGGAUACUCUUUGGCUGGGAACAUGGAUCUGGACAGGAACUCCUAUCCUGAUCUUGCCAUCGGGUCACUUUCAGAUGCUGUAUUUCUAUACAGGGCUAAGCCAGUUAUAAACAUUCAGAAAAGUGUCAAAAUCCUGCCAAAGGAAAUUGACCUGACGAAGACCUCUAGCUUGUCAGUGGAAGCCUGCUUUGCCUACACCGCAAACCCAAGUUCCUACAGCCCCAGACUGACUUUGGAAUAUUCAUUUGAGGCGGAGUCUGAGAGGAGGAAGUUGGGCUUGCCCUCCAGAGUCACAUUCCACAAAAAGUCGAGCACGGACCAGGACUACCAGUCCACGGGGACCUUGGAGCUCAAUGGGCAGAACACACAGAAAUGCGUCAAGACUGAACUGAAACUGCAGGACCGUAUCAAGGAUAAGCUACGUGGGAUUCCCAUCGAGGUGUCUGUGGCCAUCCUGAAAGCCAAACGCAGGAAGAGGGCUCUCCCUGAGCUGGUACCCAUCCUCAAUUCCAACCAGCCAAGCAAGACUACCGCUGAGGUCAACUUCUUGAAGGAAGGCUGUGGGACUGACAACAUCUGCCAGAGUAAGUUGGAGCUGCAGUACAAGUUCUGUUCCAGAGAACCCAACCAAGAUGUGUUCCAUCCACUGCUUGUGACGGACGGCGUCCCGAAAAUAUCACUCAGUGACCAGAAGGACAUUGCUCUGGAAAUCACUGUGAAGAAUUAUGGUGGCGAUGAUGCCCAUGAAGCCAAGCUGAUUGUAAUGAUCCCCGAUGCUCUGUCAUACGCUGCCUUUCGCUCACCAACUCCCACGUUGACCUGUGCAGCAAAUAAAAAUGGAUCACAGGCUGAAUGUGAGCUGGGUAAUCCACUCAAGAGCGACUCCGAGGUUACCUUCCACAUAAUAUUGGGUACUGCUGGCAUUUCAUUGAACACCAAGGAAAUUGAGCUCAACCUUCAGCUUGAAACGACCAGUGAACAGAAGAAUCUUGUCCCAGUAAAAGCCAGGGCAAUUGUGGUCAUUGAACUGCUGCUAUCAGUUUCUGGCGUGGCGCGACCAUCACAGGUCUACUUUGGAGGAGAAGUGAAGGGAGAGCGGGCCAUGAAAACAGAAGAUGAAAUUGGCAGUCUGAUUGAAUAUGAAUUCAGGAUUAUUAAUUUAGGCAAGCCACUGAAAUCAUUUGGCAGGGCAGCCCUGAACAUCCAUUGGCCCAAAGAGAAUUCUGCUGAGAAAUGGAUACUCUAUCUUGUGAAGAUUAACACCAGUGGGCUGGAUGAAAUCCCCUGCUCCCCUGAAAGAGAAAUCGGCCCACUCAGCCACAUCAAGGAAUCCAGUGCAACACGGAGAAAACGUGAGGUUGAGAGGAAAUCCUCUGACGAAGGAAAAAUAUCCCUCCUAACAGACAAAAGAAAAUACAAAACUCUGACAUGCGAUGAGGCAAAAUGUGUGCAGAUCAAGUGCCCCCUGCAGGGGAUGGACAGUAAUGCUGUCAUUCUUUUGAGGGCACGACUGUGGAAUGCCACCUUCAUUGAGGACUAUGCUAAGUUGAACUACCUUGACAUCAUUGUGAAAGCUUCACUCAGUCUUGAUGCCUCCACGAACAACAUGGUUCUAAGAGAUACUGAAACCCAGGUCAGGGUGACCGUGUUCCCAGAGAAGUCUGCCGCUCAGCAGAGUGGAGUUCCCUGGUGGAUCAUCCUCGUGGCAAUCCUAGCAGGCAUCCUUAUGCUGGCACUGCUGGUGUUUCUGCUCUGGAAGUGCGGUUUCUUCAAGAGAGACAAAAAAAACAAGUAUGAUGCUUCGUAUCACAAGGCUGAGAUCCAUGUUCAACCGUCUGACAAAGAGAGACUCACUGCUGAUGCGUAGUGCUGGACUCCUGUGCUCAGUCCCCUGGUGUGGAUUUUUCAAGCGUUCAAAGUAUGAGGACAGCAUUCCGAGAUACCAUGCUGUACGAAUAAAAAAGGAAGAACGGCAGUUUAAGGAUGGAAUGACCAAACUUGACACCCUUGAGAAAAAACAAUGGAUGACUACAUGGAAUGAGAACGAAAGCUACUCUUAAGAGCUGGCUGUUGCAAUUUUUUUGUUGCUGGAAGCAAUUUGACCACCUUCUUGUCUUAAUCUUAAUCUCCAGAACCAUAUUCUAGUAUGCUGAAACAGACUGCACGGGACAUUUAAUAAAAAGAAAAAAUUUAAUAUUUUCACCGCAACAUGUUUUGUCAUCAAAGACACUUUGUGCCAUAACAUUUUGCUUUCUGUAUAGGAAUAACUCAAAGCUUAACUUAACUGUUUUUUAUUUUUAUUUUUUUAUAUAUAUAUAUAUAUAUAUAUAUAUAUAUAUAUAUAUAUAUAUAUAUAUAUAUAUAUAUAUAUAUAUAUAUAUAUAUAUAUAUAUAUAUAUAUAUAUAUAUAUAUAUAUAUAUAUAUAUAUAUAUAUAGUGAGUCUGCAGCUUUCAUGCAGAGUUAUCGCAUGGUUUUUCAUUUGUAAUUGCACUCCUGAAUUCUCUUGUGUGGUCCAUGAUCUCAUAUUCGUCUUUGUCUCACUGAACUCCAACUCCUUCUGGAUUUUUUGAUGUAAACGCUUGAACAUUUUGUACGUGUUGUAUAUACUUCAAUAUUUGUAGUAUAGUGUGUAUUUAUUUUUCCCAUAGACUGUUGAUGAUUCUGAUAUUCAUAGGCCAAAGAUUAUUUCUUGUUCUUUCAAAAAUAUAAAUAUUAUCAGGUGAUGAAUGGCAUGUUGGCAAUGUUAAUGCAGAGCAGGUUGGGCUGGUGCUCCAGAGGAUUCAUUGUGUUGCAUCUGAAAGUUUUUAGUUUUUAUAAAAGACUGCAAAAACAUUGCUCAUCUCAAUCAAUCAUCCAUUUUAGACAACCCAUGUAUUGCCAAGUAUGUCUCUUUAAAUAAUGGACUAUUACUUCUCAAUUAGUGAUUAAUAGCAGAGUGCGUACAUUAUGUGAGUGCUAUUGCCAAUAGCAGUGUUGAGUGCGCUGUUGCAAAUGCGAGCCUGCUGACUACAGUUAAGUUUUUAAACCUAGCAGUGCCACAUAAGAUUCACCUCUAUACAUUUGCAGUUUGAGAUCAAAAAAAAAAAGUAUGUUAAAUACUUUGAUGCUCCAUAGUAAUCUGAAAAACAGAUAAAUUGAGAUGGUAGAUGAUUCCUAACCAUAAAAGGGAAUUACUGAAUAGUAACCAUUGAUGAAAUAAUUUUCCCUACCCUCUCUUGUACCUCCGAAUGCAUUUUGUUUUGCAUUACAAAAUCAAACUGAAAGCAAAACGGCUGUGUACGCAUUAAUUUUUUAUUUUUUUCAAUGCUGAUGCAUUUUCAAGUACAUUUUAACUUUUUUUUUAAUGCAACUUUUAAAAGUCUUUUGUAACCGCUUCUGGUUGUGUGCAUGCAUCUUGCAAAGUAUUUCAAAAUGACAUCUGUGACACCAGCUGUACAAACAUCUUGUGCACUUAAACAGUGGGUAAAGUGAAGGGUAUUUUCAAAGAUGAUAUUUUAAAAGCGAAAGCUACAUGGCUAUUGACAAUGAGAACCCCUUACAGUAAUUGAUUUCUGCUACCAAGAGAGAAGCUGAUAAAACAACUGCUUCCUAGUCUAUUUCUGUGUAUGUGCAAUGCAUUUUCUAAAAAAAAAAAAAUGCAAUUAAGUCUGAUCACUGGCUCUAACUCCUUUUUAUAUUACAUGUGGAUAUAAAAAAAUAAAAAUAAAGAGGGGGAAAAAUG